UCGGAUCGGGUUUGUGCUCCGACUUUCACAGCGUUGGGGGGGGGCUUCUUUGUGACUUCGCCUCGCCUCGCUCGCUGCCGCCUCGUUCGUUCACUGGCACGCGUUCCUCGAAUCUCCUAAGCUGUGGUUGGAGCAAGCGCCGACAAACGAGCCGCGUGCGACGUGACAGGGAACGAUGGCCAUCGGAGUGGAAGCUGCCUUCGUGGUUCUCCUGGCGUGCGUCGCCGGCGUGGAAUUGGCUGUCCUGGGCAGCGGCACCAAGCCCCAACUCGCGAGCUCGACGACCGUUCCGUACAACCCGACGGAGACGACGAUCGUGUGGUCCAAGCCCUUCUGCGUGUUCCAAAAGCCCGUCUCCACCACUCAGUACGUCGUGGACGUCUACGCGUCCAUCACCAACAACAGUUAUGCAUUCGACAACUCGAUCGGCACAGCGCUGUCCUCCUACUGGACGAACCCGGUGUCGCCCAGUCCGUACCUCGCAGCCACAUUUGACGUUCCGGACUGUGGAAUCCAAGCCAGCCCUUUUGACGCCAUGGCUGUCAAGACGAACGGGACAUUCCGUCUGGGCGGUGACACGGCCUGCGUGAACAGCAUAGGGCCCAGUGCGUCCGCAUGCAACGGACCCCUCGUACCCGGAAUGAAGUACAGAGUGAAAUAUACGCUUUCGGAAGCAACUGCACAAAAUCCCAAACCUAUUGUGGAUCAAACUCCCUGGUCAGACCCUGUCUCCACAAAGAAAUCGCCAGCGGCCAGCACCAUCAACACGUGGCCCGGCAAACGCACGGGCGGGAUGGUGGUGGUUACCGCCGUGCUCAGCACGCUGCUCUUCCUGCUGCUCGCCGCACUCCUCCUGGUGGUCAUCUUCAAGGCGUGCAGCAGCGACACCCAGGAGCUGACCAAGCCGACCCAGGUGGAAGCUCCCCCCAUGAGGACGGUUCACUCUGCCUACAAGACGCACUACACCAACAAGGGCUACGGGGAAGACGACAACGCGCCUCCCGCGAAGCCCGAACGAUACCAAUAAUCUCCGGCUCGCUGGGCACGUCGGGGAGCAAGUGAAGCCGUGGGAGCGUGGAUGCCAUGUGCUUCGAAAGAGCGGGGAAGGCGCUUGCUCCUCAACUAAACUUUCCCUCGAGAAUAAAUGCCUAAACAUCCAAUGGCAUUUCUUAAAUAUCUCCUUUUAUCGUAUUUCUCUGUUGGCAUAUACAGUGCUGUAAGUGACGUUGGCAGUGUGUAAACCCCUUCGUUUUAAAUAGCUUCAUUUCAUACGGUUUCCUUUGGUGUUUAAUAUUUUUAUUUUAGGAAUUGUAUACGCUCUGUAUUUUAAUUGCUUCAUAUUCAUCAGUUGGUAUAAUGGUUGCAAUAUUCUUGAAACAUGUUUUAUCCUCUGUAAAUGGCACAUGUAUUUUAAACAAAAAAGCUAUAACACCAGUAUUAGUAAAUCAUAUUGUAAUUAAAACUAAAAGUUUGAUCUUUCCUUUCAAAGAAAAGCAUAUAGCCAUGCAAAGCUGAAAGAAGCUGUAGGCGCAGUCCUGCAACUGCUUUCUUAGGCCACUGCAGGUGGAAGGGGCAUCCACUAGAGGGGAGCUCUAGAGGUGAGUGGAGGGGGGGCCCUCUCGGGUAUUAAAAUAUUAGACCAUGAAUUCCUAAAUUCAAUGAUGGUACAUUGAAUUUGAAUGGAAACUUUGUGCAAACACAUCCAGUUCAGUGCAAUCAUUAAUGCAAUUUUUUUUAAAUCAAAUCAACUGCCUGUGGGUGGCUUUUUUAAAAUUCUAGAUUUGAAGCUUUCGUGACUGCAAGGAUUCAUACUCUUUGGUUGUUUUCAUUUAUUUUAUUUUUUACCUACGUGACUUUACCGAAAAAAACAAAGAGUAUGGCUUUUUAAAAUGUUUUCUUGAGAGAUUUCUUGAUACCCCCCCCCCUCCCUCCGUGCCGUGAAUGGUUUUGUUCCAAAUGGUUGCAGUGAAUCUUUUCGUUGAAAUUGAAACGUCUCUUCACAAAAGCGUGGCUCCUCAUACUUGUCUCGAGGCUGUCCCCGUGACCCUACGCUUGGCCUAGUUCUGCUCAACUUGUCUACCGGAACAAGAUGGAAUUUUUGUAGCGUGCAGUCACGGCAGUGUUGAAUUCGUUUAUUAAAAAAAAAAUUGGAAACUGCUCUUUUUACAAAUGUGUCUGUAAAACUCGCCUAAGGCUCUCUGGACUACGACUUGGUUGGGUUUCUGCUUACACGGCCAAUUGCAGUUAGCCGACUGAACAAAACUUAAUAAUCACCAUCCCUAUGUGUGUGUGUAUGUAUGUCGGGGAGGGGGGGAGUUGCCACUUUGUGAGGUACAAAAAGCCAGGACAUGGGAAGCAAAAUAGCAAUGUCAGAAGAGGAGAGACCCACAGUACUGUACAUGUAAAUGUGCAUCGUUUGAAGCUGUAUUACUAUUUUACUAUUACGAUAUUACUUUUACAACGGACCAAAGCCGGGAUUUUCCCCUGUCCGCUAUCGCCAGCGGAUGAAUCCUGAUAGAACAAGGGACAGGUGGCAACCCGAGUAAAGUUUUGUAAUAAAAACCUUUAUUUUUUUUAAAUGUAGAAUUGGCUCUCUCUAAGAAUGUUUCUAAUAAAACUCACCAACACUGUCCAAUCUGAUUUCUGCUUAACUUGCCGACCGCAGCUAAGUCGGCUUAAACAUUUAAUAUUCACCGUUGGCAGUAGGGAUGUCGUAGCCUUUAAGCCAACACGUUCUUCAAUUCAACAGUGCCGUGCUCCACGUGACCAGAGGUUUCAGAAAAUCCCAAGAAUUCUUGGUCCCGUGGCCACAGUCUCAGAAUCCCCCCCCCCCCCUCCUUCAAUUUACAAAAUCCUUGUGAGAUGAUGGAUGUAGUAGAUACAGACGCAGUGAGACGAGAGAAGCGGGCGAUGCCUUGGGAUCUCUGGAUGAAAUGCGCCUUUACAAAUGUAAAUAAUUAUUACUGUCUUUUUAAUGUUAAUUCGCGUGUUGUGUUCAUUAGGAUUUUUUAUUUGAGCUGGUGUUUGAUGUCCACUCCUGUUUUCUGCAUCAAUCCGAGGUCCCUUGAAUAUUAUGGGUUCCCCAAGCUUUUCUUUGGUUUGGCCAGCUUUAACCACGACUGCCCGGUCUGUUUUUAACAUCCAUUAGAGGUUUUUGGGUUAGAUCGCGUAAAUAUGAAUGAGUCGUUAAACCUGUCACCACCCUACAUAGCCAAUUAGUAAAGUUUGUCACGUAAGCAAAACAUGCCAAUUUGUUACUAGUACAACCCACAACAUUUACAAUUCGAGUACGACGUUUCGCCAGUAAUUGCACCUCGCAAUUACUGGACCUGUGAAAAGGCGGCUUCAUAGCUCAUCGGAUUCAUCCAGGAUAAAUAUAGAUUCUGAUUAAACAGGAGUUUUUUUGGCCACACAGUCUGAGCUCCUGUCUCUCCACGUGGUGGCGCUUUGCCACCCAAAGGCUUAUGGGUAUUUACUGCAGUUCUCAAAUGGAUUUUUUUUCAAAUAUUUUUUCCCGUGACACAAAAAAAUGUAAUUUGGUUUUAACCACUUCAGCAGGAUGACUGCAUGUUUUUUUUUCGAAAAAUGCGUGCGCAAUUAAUCGCUGCUUAUAUGCUGUGGUAUAACUGGUUUUAUGAGAGUAAAACUUGGAACUAGUUUGUGAAGGUAACUCGUAUCUAUAUUCCAAGUGUACAGGCGUAGAUACUUUGUAACACCUUAAGAGGCAGUUUGUAUGAAGGCAGACAAUAUGGCUCGAUCCUUAAAUAAUCCUUUGUAAGUUUACGGUUCUAUGUCAAUCCACUGCUGGAUGAAGGUCUUCGGUCUUACCCCACCCCACCCCUUGACACCUUUUGGGUCACAAUGUUUGUUUAACCAUACUUCCUCGCUACACCGGCAAUUUGUGCGGGUUGGUCGAAGGUGGGAAACGCCCGGACCGGUUUCUGAAAUCGCUCGCCGCUGAUGUUAGCUUUGGCCGGAAAUCGAGCCCGCGGGUCGCUGUGUCCAUCACCUCAACGCGCGCUCCUAAAACGAAUUGAGCUCAAAUACAAGAAAAAAAAACCUUGCAAAAAC